AUGCUGUCUAUCUUCGCUCGAAGGUGUUUCGGGGUCGUUGGACGCAGCGUACUGCCCAAACCGUGCCAUUAUUCUACGCAAAUUGGUGAAAAUCGUGCUGAGAAAGGGCUCGUUCUUGGGCUGUACGAGCAAGAAAUCGAUACCGAAGAGCCGCGCCUGUCCCCGACCGCCAUUCAUUUCGAUGCCAAAACCGAUGGGCAACUUUUGAACCUCAUCAAGGAAUGCAACUUGAAGGGCAAGCUGGGCAGUGUGAAGGUGUUCAACAAUCUCGAUCCAGAAAUCGGCUCGAUUGCCAUCGUCGGCUUGGGCAUUGAAGGCGUCGGAUUCAAUGAGCUCGAAACGAUAGACGAAGGCAUGGAAAAUGUGCGCGUUGCCGCGGGCAUUGGUGCGAAAACCUUAGCCAACGAAGGCUGCACCCAGAUCUACGUCGAUCCGAUGGACUUUCCGGAGCAGGCCGCAGAAGGCAGCGGUCUGGCCACGUGGCGCUACCAGGCAAACAAAACGAAGAAGGACCGUAAGGCGAUACCGAAGCUGGAUCUCUACGACUCGGCCGAGGUAGAUGCGUGGACGCGGGGACUGUUCAAGGCGGAUGCGCAAAAUCUAGCCCGCAGCCUGUCGGAUGGACCGGGCAACCAGAUCACACCGACCACAUUCGCACAGGCCGCGGUCGAUGCGCUCUGCCCGUGCGGCGUAAACAUCGAGGUGCGUAACAAGGAUUGGGCGGAGGCGAAAAGCAUGUCCUGCUUUCUUUCCGUCGCCAGAAGCUCCUGCGAACCGCCGAUAUUCCUGGAGAUCAGCUACUGCGGUGAUGAUAAGGCCGGCCGUCCGAUCCUGCUCGCCGGCAAGGGUAUGACGUUCAACAGUGGCGGGCUGUGUUUGAAGCAUCCGGAAGACAUGGCGAAAUAUCGGGCCAGUAUGGCCGGGGCGGCUACGGUCGUUGCGACGAUACGUGCCGCUGCCGCACUAUCGCUGCCGGUCAAUCUGGUUGGAUUGAUUCCGCUGUGCGAGAAUAUGCCGUCGGGUAUGGCCUUCAAACCGGGUGAUGUUAUUACGGCCAUGAACGGGAAGACGGUCGCCGUCCACGACACGAACAAUGCCGGCCGGUUGAUGUUAGCUGACGCCUUCAUCUACGGGCAAACCACCUUCAAACCGAAAAUUGUGGUCGACGUAGCAACCCUGUCGGACGGCAUCAUUCAUGCACUGGGUGGUGCGGCGAGCGGUGUCUUUUCCAACUCGGACUUCCUGUGGUCUCAGAUGCAGAAAGCUGGCGCGAUUAGCGGAGAUCGCGUAUGGCGUAUGCCGCUGUGGCAAUACUACACUCACAAAGUCACCGAGUUUAGCAACGUAGACCUCAGCAAUGCAGGUCGUGGCAAGGGUAGUGCCUGUUUGGGGGCCGCUUUCCUGAAAGAGUUCGUUCCGUGCGUGGAUUGGGUGCAUAUGGAUGUAACAGGAGUUGGAAUGGUUAAGCGUGGAGCGGGAAUUCCCUACCUUGAGAAUGAUCGAAUGACUGGACGUCCUACGCGAACACUGAUACAGUUCCUUUACCAACUGGCCUGCCCAGAGCAGCAGAAGCAGAGCCUCAUCGAAAAAAAGGCCGUACUUUGA